UUAUUUAUCAAUUCUGUAUUGAUCAGUAAGGUUUCUAUAGCCUGAGAUUUUCUUUUCGUUAAGAUUUGUUUAAAAGGUUUUUCUAUUGUGAAUUUUAAAGUUCUGUCAUCUUUUAAGAUACGUGAGAAUGUAAGUUCUGUUUUUUAGCCUCUAAACACGCAUUUUUCCUGCCAGUUCAGUUUGAAGAAAUAGCACUCCAUUUCAGCUCCCUUUUAUUCUCCUCCCUCAGCCGGGUCUGUGCAGUUACAUACAUAUAUCUGCACGAAUAUUCUUUUGAUGAUUAUUUUACGUUAGAUGUUUAUUUAUUCAUGGGACUGUUUCUUUAAGCUGCCCAUCUCUUUUCAAGUUCCAGAUCUGAUUUACAAACCUUUUGAGUCCUGUUAAAUCAUAGACUUUCCGGGAUGGAAAGCACCUUGGGUUAUUUACUAUUUUCAUGUCUUCUGACUUGCUUUUCAUGCUAUUUUUAAUCCCCAUGCAGAAGAAAAAAAGCCUGUGGGCUGCACUAGAAAACUCCACAGUGGGGACUGAAAAGGGAGUAGGUGGACAGCUGGGGAAAAUUGUCAAGCUUGCGUGGCAGUGUGUAGAUCCAGGGAGUUUCCAAAUGAUGGGGAUGUUGCCCGACAAAGACUGCUGCUGACGCUGCUGACGUGUGUCCGGGGCCGUGCCCUUUGCCUGGAGCGCCUCAGUUACGCUGUCACUCCUCCCAGCACUUGAAUAUUACAGUGGAAGUGCUACUCUCAUGAUUUUCAUAUAUUAUGAAUGACAUCAAAUGACUCCUAAGAGAGAACGUUGCAGAAAGGACCAUCUUCAUAAGUUGUUAUCUAGAGACAGGGCUCAUGUAAUCAAAGAAGUUUCUUUGUUGUGUGUAUCUUUUCAGAACACAACAGGAAUUGAAAAUGAAUCAGCCAGUGAAAUUGAGCAGUAAGUGCUUGAAAAGCUUCAAAACAACUACACAAAAAUUCAGAUGUUCCAUGCAGUCUGCAGCCACAGCCACUGCAGAGGAGAUUCCAGCAGCCGGAGCGAACGCUGAGCCUGUGGCAGCCGCUGAGACCCUGGCCGAGGUACCCGAACAUGUGCUUCGAGGCCUCCCAGAGGAAGUGAGGCUUUUCCCAUCUGCUGUUGACAAGACUCGGGUUGGUGUCUGGGCCACUAAGCCAAUUUUAAAAGGCAAAAAGUUUGGGCCAUUUGUUGGUGAUAAGAAAAAAAGAUCUCAGGUUAAGAAUAAUGUAUACAUGUGGGAGGUCUACUACCCAAAUUUGGGAUGGAUGUGCGUCGAUGCCACCGACCCAGAGAAGGGGAACUGGCUGCGCUAUGUGAAUUGGGCUUGCUCAGGAGAAGAGCAAAAUUUAUUUCCACUGGAAAUCAACAGGGCCAUUUACUAUAAAACUUUAAAGCCAAUCGCGCCGGGCGAGGAGCUCCUGGUCUGGUACAAUGGGGAAGACAACCCCGAGAUAGCAGCUGCGAUUGAGGAAGAGCGAGCCAGCGCCCGGAGCAAGCGGAGCUCUCCGAAAAGCAGGAAAGGGAAGAAAAAAUCCCAAGAAAAUAAAAACAAAGCAAACAAAACUGAAGACAGACAGCUGAAGACAAGUGAGCCAGAUUCCACCUCUGCAAAUAUGAGAGAUUCUGUGGAAGGCCCCAGAGACGCAGACGAGAAGCCUUCCGCUUCCGCCGCCGAGCAGACGGCCGCCCUUCAGGAGGUGGUGAGUCAGGAUGUGCCUCCGGAGCUCGCCCUCCCGCCCCCUGCCCAGGACCCCCAGGCGGGACCAGCCGCGGAGCUGGAAGCAGCACGUAGUGAGGCGAACGACAUGGAGGAGGAAGAGGAGGAGGAGGAGGAGGGGGAGGAGGAGGAGGAGGAGGAGGAGUUGGACGAAGAGGAGGAGGAAGCAGCUGACGUGCCAGAUGAAAGCUCCACGAAAGAGCCGGAGAUACGAUGUGACGAGAAGCCAGAGGAUUUAUUAGAAGAACCAAAAACUGUUCCGAAGGACACUCUUGAAGACUCUCCAGAGGUAGCACCUGCUAUCAGAAUUCCCAAAGCUAAAGAAGAGGCCAAUGGUGACGUGUUUGAAACGUUUCUGUUUCCGUGUCAGCAUUGCGAGAGGAAGUUCACGACCAAACAGGGGCUGGAACGGCACAUGCACAUCCACAUAUCCACGGUAAACCACGCCUUCAAGUGCAAGUACUGCGGGAAGGCGUUCGGCACGCAGAUCAACAGGCGGCGGCACGAGCGGCGCCACGAGGCGGGGCUGAAGCGGAAGCCCAGCCUGACACUCCGGCCGCCGGAGGCCCCAGCCGAUGGCCAGGCGCCCGGGGACGCCGCUCCUCCGAAGGAUGACGCGCAGCCCCCCGGUCUUGGGCAAGACUCCCUGACCUUGAAUUCAGAGAAGGCUUCCCAAGACACAGUGAAUUCUUCUGUUGCAGAAGAGAACGGAGACGUGAAAGAGCUUCAUCCGUGCCAAUACUGUAAAAAGGUUUUUGGAACUCACACUAACAUGAGGCGGCAUCAGCGCAGGGUUCACGAGCGUCACCUGAUUCCCAAAGGUGUGCGGCGGAAAGGGGGUCUCCUCGAAGAGCAGCAGCCCCCAGCAGAGCAGGCCGCGCCUGCCCAGAGCGUCUACGUACCCAGCACAGAGCCAGAGGAGGAGGGGGAGGCAGACGACGUGUACAUCAUGGAUAUUUCUAGCAAUAUCUCUGAAAAUUUAAAUUACUAUAUUGAUGGGAAAAUUCAGACCAGCUGCAGCACCAGUAACUGUGACGUUAUUGAGAUGGAAUCCAGUUCGGCAGACUUGUAUGGUAUCAACUGUCUGCUCGCUCCGGUUACAGUGGAAAUAACUCAAAAUAUAAAGACCACACAGGUCCCUGUAACAGAUGAUCUUCCUAAAGAGCCUUCCAGCAGCACACACAGCGAGCCCAAGAAACGGAGGACUGCCAGUCCUCCUGUGUUGCCCAGAAUUAAAGCUGAGACCGAGUCUGAGCCCGCAGCGCCUUCGUGUUCCUUGAGUCUGCCUCUCAGCAUAUCAACCACGGAGGCCGUAUCGUUCCACAAAGAGAAAAAUGUGUAUUUGUCAUCAAAGCUCAAACAACUUCUUCAAACCCAGGAUAAACUGACUCCUCCUGCAGGGAUUUCAGCCACUGAAAUACCUAAAUUAGGUCCCGUCUGUGUGUCCACUCCUGCGUCGAUGCUGCCUGUGACCUCGAGCAGAUUUAAGAGGCGGACCAGCUCUCCCCCCAGCUCUCCACAACACAGUCCUGCCCUUCGAGACUUCGGAAAGCCAGGCGAUGGGAAAGCCAUGUGGACUGAGGCAGUUCUAAGUUCCAAAAAGCCCAAAUUAGAAAGUCAUAGCAACUCACCAGCAUGGAGUUUGUCUGGGAGAGAUGAGAGAGAAACUGGGAGCCCUCCAGGCUUUGAUGAAUAUAAAGUAUCUAAAGAGUGGGCAGCUAGUUCUACUUUUAGCAAUGUAUGCAACCAACAGCCACUGGAUUUAUCCAGUGGGGUAAAACAGAAGGCUGAGGGUACGGGCAAGGCUCCAGUCCAGUGGGAAUCUGUGUUAGAUCUCAGUGUGCAUAAAAAGCCUAGUAGUGACUCUGAAGGCAAGGAAUUCAAAGAAAAUCAUUUGGUGCAGCCAGCCUGCAGUGCUGUAAAGAAAAAGAAACCAACCACCUGCAUGCUACAGAAGGUCCUUCUCAAUGAAUACAAUGGCGUCGACUUACCUGUAGAAAAUGCUCCAGAUGUGACCAGGAGCCCCAGUCCUUGUAAACCCCGAGGUCCUCAGCCGGACCCUGACCUUGGUCCCGACUCUAGCUUACCUGCCCCUCCUGGCGAGUCUUCUCCUUCGUCACCUGCCCUGCAGACAUCUUCCCUUUCUUCCGGGCAGCUGCCGCCUCUCUUGACCCCAACCAAUCCCUCUUCCCCCCAACCCUGUCCUCCUGUGUUAACUGUUGCCACCCCACCCCCUCCACUGCUUCCUACUGUACCUCUUCCAGCCCCCGCUUCCGGGGCAUCCCCUCAUCCGUGUCCCUCUCCACUCUCGAAUGCCACCGCACAGUCCCCACUUCCAAUUCUUUCCCCAACGGUGUCUCCCUCGCCAUCUCCCAUUCCUUCCGUGGAGCCCCUUAUGUCUGCUGCUUCACCGGGGCCUCCGACACUCUCUUCAUCUUCCUCCUCAUCUUCUUCGCCUUCAUUCUCUUCUUCAUCCUCCUCCUCUUCUCCUUCGCCACCUCCUCUCUCAGCAGUAUCGUCUGUGGUUUCCUCUGGGGAUAAUCUGGAAGCCUGUCUCCCCAUGAUAUCUUUUAAACAGGAGGAAUUAGAGAAUGAAGGUCUGAAAGCGAGGGAAGAAUCCCAGUCUGCCACUGCGCGGGAUAUCGUUCAGGAGACAUUCAACAAAAAUUUUGUCUGCAACGUCUGUGAAUCACCUUUUCUUUCCAUUAAAGAUCUAACCAAACAUUUAUCCAUUCAUGCCGAGGAAUGGCCCUUCAAAUGUGAAUUUUGUGUGCAGCUCUUUAAGGCUAAAACUGAUUUGUCAGAACAUCGCUUUUUGCUUCAUGGAGUUGGGAAUAUCUUUGUGUGUUCGGUUUGUAAAAAAGAAUUUGCGUUUUUGUGCAAUCUGCAGCAGCACCAGCGAGAUCUCCACCCCGAUAAAGUGUGCACACACCAUGAGUUUGAAAGUGGCACCCUGAGACCCCAGAACUUUACGGAUCCCAGCAAGGCCCACGUAGAGCAUAUGCAGAGUUUGCCAGAAGAUCCUUUAGAAACGUCUAAAGAAGAAGAGGAGCUGAACGAUUCCUCAGAAGAGCUUUACACGACCAUAAAAAUAAUGGCUUCUGGAAUAAAGACGAAAGAUCCCGAUGUUCGAUUGGGUCUCAAUCAACAUUACCCAAGCUUUAAACCUCCUCCAUUUCAGUACCAUCACCGCAACCCCCUGGGCAUUGGUGUGACGGCCACAAAUUUCACUACACACAAUAUCCCACAGACGUUUACUACCGCCAUUCGCUGCACCAAGUGUGGGAAAGGUGUGGACAACAUGCCUGAGCUGCACAGACACAUCCUGGCAUGUGCUUCCGCUAGUGACAAGAAGAGGUAUACCCCGAAGAAAAAUCCAGUCCCACUGAAACAGACUGUGCAGCCCAGAAACGGUGUGGUGGUUUUGGACAACUCUGGGAAGAAUGCCUUCAGACGCAUGGGACAGCCCAAAAGACUGAACUUCAGCGUUGAGCUCAGCAAAAUGUCCUCCAAUAAGCUCAAGUUAAAUGCGUUGAAGAAAAAAAACCAGCUUGUCCAGAAAGCCAUCCUUCAAAAAAACAAAUCUGCAAAGCAGAAAGCCGACCUAAAAAACGCUCCUGAGUCGUCCUCGCACAUCUGCCCGUACUGCAACAGGGAGUUCACGUACAUCGGGAGCCUGAACAAGCACGCCGCUUUCAGCUGCCCCAAGAAACCUCUUUCUCCUCCCAAAAAAAAAGUUUCCCAUCCAUCCAAGAAAGGAGGACACGCGUCACCUGCAGGUAGUGACAAAACCAACAGCAGCAGCCACCGCAGACGGACAGCGGAUGCAGAGAUCAAAAUGCAGAGCGUGCAGGCGCCUUUGGGCAAGACCAGAGCUCGCAGCUCGGGCCCUGCACAGGUCCCACCGCCCUCCUCGUCCUUCAGGUCCAAGCAGAAUGUUAAAUUUGCAGCUUCGGUUAAGUCCAAAAAACCAAGCUCCUCCUUAAGGAACUCAAGCCCGAUACGAAUGGCCAAAAUGACUCACAACGAGAGCAGGAAGCCCAAAGCUGCAGCCAAGAAUCAUGCAGCUCAGCUCUCGGGCAAGACGUGUCGGAGCCUGCACGUGAGGGCACAGAAAAGCAGAGCCGUCCUGCAGAGCAGAUCGGCCUCGGCCAGUAGGAAACGGACGGACAGGUUCAGUGUAAAAUCGAGAGAACGAAGUGGGGGGCCAAUCACCCGAAGCCUGCAGCUGGCAGCUGCUGCCGACCCGAGUGAGAGCAGGCGGGAGGACGGCAGUGGCAAGCCGGAGCUGAAGGACUUCAGCUACAGUCUCCGCCUGGCACCUCAAUGUCCUCCGCCAGCUGCCCCGUACAUCACCAGGCAGUGUAGGAAUGUCAAGGCCACAGCUGCAGCCCAGCUCCAGGGAUCCCUCUUCAAAGACUAGAUGCUUCGCCUGCUCCUUGACAGCACCUGAAGUGACCUGGAAUCAGUGAAGCCAAAGGGACUGGCCUUCUGGCCUCCAGGGAGUACCGACCCAUUCCAGAUCCAUGAGCCUGCAAGAGAGAGAGAGUGCGUGUGUGUGUGUGCGUGCGCGCACGUGUGCGUGCGCCUGUGGUCUUCAGAUGAGGGUCCCGAACCCCAGGGAGGCAGGAAGGCAGCUGACUGCACGCCGUGGAUGACACCUGGGUGCGGCCCCCGGCCUGCGUUCUGCAGCUCAGCUUUCCUGUUGGGUUGGGGCCCCUCCUACUAUGCAAUUUUCCGAGAGCUCCUUGAUCCUGCUUUUUGCUUCUCCAGUUGUCUUUUGCCACGGCGGGGACUUGGGUCUGGCCCAGGGGUCAGCUCCAGCCCCGUCCAGGGAAGGCCUUCAGGAAGAGGCCAAGUUCCCCUUCCAGCCAGCCCCGCCCCUGCCUUCCCUUGCCCCCAAUGUCUCUGGGAAUCCGUAGUGUGUAGACACUUCGGAGCCUUGCUGAUCAUCCCCCUUGGCCCUCGCACUUGGAAGACUUCCUUCUUUGCCUGAGCAAUCUGAGCCGCUGGCUCUCGCGUUGUUUCCAGAUUUGUCAUUCUCAUCAGUCAGGCCCUGUGCGUCCAGGAGAAGGGCCUCGUCUCCGUUUAUAGAUCGGCUCCUCCCGUGGGAGAGGCAGGGGACGGGAUGCUGUGAGGGCGGUGCCGGGAGCUCUCCCGUGUGUGCUUCUCUGCCUCCCUUGGUGGGACCAUCAACACCUUUAGGGUCUGAGCUUCUCAAAUUGGCUGAAAAGGGAAACAAAGAAACAGAAAUUGGGAAAUGAAAAAUAAGCUGGAGGAUUAAAAAGCCUAGGGGGGAAAGAAAGAGAUUUCCGGAGGUCAUCCAUCGCCUGCCAGGGGACGAUGGAGCUGGCCCCAUCUCUGAUGGAACAGUCCAUGUCUUGGAGAAACGGGUGAGCUGGGCUAGGAGUUUGGACCCAGUUCAGUGAGGGUCUUGGGUUUUGUGCCUUUGGGGCAGACUCUCAGACAGGAUGUCUGAGACCACUUUGGCGCUGUCUUCUCAGCCCCAUGUUGGAUGGUGAUAAAACAUCAAACCCAAAGCGGAAGGAGGGAACUCUUCAGAGUACUCACGAGUGGUCAUGCAAAAAAAAAAAAAAAAAAAAAAAAAAGGGACUUUUUUCAGGGCUACUAUGGUUGAUCUUGCAACUCUGUAAAUAUGUACGUAGACACUUUUAAAAAGCAUGUAUUUAUGUCCCUGACUGUAAAUGCCCCAUUUUUAAAGUUUUAUAACUUGUGUUAUUUAAUGAAUCGGUCGACUGGCUGCAGUGUGGGAUCUGAUAACGGUCCAGGAGGAAGGUCUCACGAGAGCCUCACAUGGGCAGAAAAAUGCUGAUCGUUGCCCUACGUCACAGUUUUCCUAUUUCCCACCCAGCUACAAACCGUGGUUUGUUUUAAAUUCUCACAAACUGGAAUCCUUUGGCCCGCUCCUAAAAUUAACCCUCACAAGCAUGAAAAUCUGUGGCUGUUCCUUAUCCUAACACGACGAUUUUUGUCCCCUCAAUGUUGACACUCGUGAACUGUACCCCAGCCUCUCAGUUCUGGAGGGUGUUUUUCCUUUCAGCAGCGAGGGAAGUCCACGAACCCCAAGCUUGGAAAGUCACCUUCAGCCAGUGGCGAGUUCUGGAAAACGUUGUGAGGCCUGGGGAACGCUCAUGUUUUGCACGUGUGAAUGUGCUGGUCAGCCUCCAGCACUCAGGCUGUCAGGAAAACUGUCACGAAUGUUCCAAUCAUGAAAAUGGGGGGGUGGUUUUUUUUAAAGAAGCUGUGUUUCCUGGUCAGUGAUGGUCUCUGAGCGUGGGUUUGGGCUGCAGAAGAGGACACGUGAAGAAAAUUAACAAUAAAAGUGUGAAGCGCGAUUGCGAG